ACACAUCUCUUAUUAACCGACACCUCACUCCACCGACAUUAAUUGGCAAUUCCCAAAGGAAACCCUAAACAGAUCGCCUCCAUCCCCAAUCGCCUCCAUCUCCAUCCCCAGAUCGCCUCCAUCUCCAUCACAAACCCAGAUCGCCUCCAUCACACGCCAUCCUCCCUACACCUCACAAACAACAGCCCUCUUAUAACAAAUACUCGAUGGAGGGAGCCAUCGGCGGCCAUCUCGCCGUUCAAUCAUCACGCCCAGAAAAUAAGAAGAGAAAAACGGAUGGUUCAUCACCAUCUUCUGAUCCUUCUUACACUUAGGAGUGGUGGGAUUGAGGUGGGAUAGUGGUGGGAAUUGUAGCAUUUCCCAAUUAUCAUUACUUCGCUUUUUCGACUCUUUCUCUCUUUUCAAUUCGCCGAUGACACGCGUCCCUCAAACAAUACCAAACAUACGCUACAUUUCUUUCUUUUUAUACCCUUUCUCCCCCACUUGAUCUUCUGCAUCUACUUCUUCUUCUUCAUUUCUCUCUCUACCCCAUUUUCUUGCCCUUACUCCUUCUUGCCAGACCUAAGGCCAACCAUCUUAGAAAAUCAAAGAGUAAUCACGGGCACAUCACGUAUAAUGUUUUCUUUUCGGUUUGCACCCUCUCUAAACUAGUCCACGCAUCUCUCUCCAAAGAAGCAGACGAAGAAGGCGACUCCAAAUAGGGCUGUACGCGCUUCUCUCUCAGCUGGUCUUUUCGUUUUUGGGAGUAAUCGUAAUGCAACCCUUUAUUUGUUGCUUACGUUCGCAUGAAGUUCGAGAAAAUGCUUUAAUUUCAAUCUCAGGAUUGGGAGAUUUUGAGACAAAUAAUAUACAGCAGAUACGCGGUCAUUUAUACAACUGCACUGAAGCCAGAUCCCUAAAACCCUGGUAAGUUCCUAAUCAGAUAUAGGAGAAGUAUUGGAAGUGACACAAGGGUUCCAUGGAGCAAAACGGUAGCGUAAGAGGUAGAAGGCAGCCGAACAUACUGGUGACAGGGACACCCGGGACGGGCAAGACAACGACGUCGUCUGCUCUGGCAGAGGCCACCCAGCUCCGCCACAUUUGCGUCGGAGAUUUGGUGAGGGAGAAGAACCUGCACGACGGCUGGGACAACGAGUUCGAGUGUUACCUUAUCAACGAAGACCUCGUUUGCGAUGAGCUUGAGGAUUUGAUGGAAGGAGGAGGGAACCUAGUGGACUACCAUGGUUGUGAUUUCUUUCCUGAGCGAUGGUUUGAUCGAGUUGUUGUGCUUCAAACUGACAACUCGGUGUUGUACGAUCGCUUGAGUAAAAGAGGUUACACAGGGUCAAAGCUUUCAAACAAUAUUGAGUGUGAAAUCUUUCAAGUUUUGCUUCAGGAGGCAAAAGAAAGUUAUCCAGAGGACAUUGUUGUGGCAUUGAAGAGCGAUACUAUUGAAGACAUUACCAGAAAUGUUGAGAGUUUAACAGAUUGGGUGAGGAGUUGGCACCCUGCUUCCUAAUCAUUGCAACAUCAAUACAUCAUCAACUCCUCUCCGUCCUCCUGGGUUCCUUUACCAUGUAAUUGUCGUAUUUAAGGGUUUGUGUAGGUUUUUGUGUAACAAUUUUUCUUUCCUAUGGUAAAUGUCUUGGGAGUUUUUAUUUCA